UGCAGGAGAAGAAAUAUAUAUUUUUACGGUUUUGACCCAUUUAUAAACCUCACUUUUUUUCCGUCUUCCUCUUCAUCGCGCUGUAUUUGGGUUUUGCUGCUGUUGAAAUUUUGACACAAAACAAAAAGGGCUUCGAAAAUGGUACGAUUACAGCCAGAUCCAUUUCUCAAUGAACUGACAAGCAUGUUUGAGCGAACUACUGAACAUGGUUCUGUUUGGGUUACUCUUAAACACUCUUCUGAUAAAUCUAAAGCCCAAAGGAAUAAGAUGAAGACAGCUGGCGAAAAUAUUGAAUUUAAGUGCCUCAUCCGAGCAACUGAUGGGAAAAAGAAUAUUUCCACAAUGGUUGGAGCAAAAGAUCACCAGCGUUUCCAAGCAUCUUAUGCAAUUUUGCUGAAGGCCCGCUUGACUGCAUUGAAGAAGAGGGAGAGGAAGGACAAGAGGAAAGCUGCUGAUUCUGACAAAAAGACUGAAAAUUCGAAAAAGAAAUCUGCUGCUACCAAGGCCUCUACAUGAACUUUAGUCCUUUGGUUUAUCCCCCAUUUUGUUUCUAGGAUAGAGUUGUAGGAUUUGAACCCCAUUUUGGGUGACAAUUCUGUAACUGCAUUACAACUCCAAUGGCAUAGAAUGAUGAAAGGAGAUGUUUUUACUCAUUUGUUUCACUUGAAUUAGUCAAACUUCCUGAAUAGCUUGUUGGGAUUAUGGAACAUUUGAAGAAAUUUUGUCAUAAUCUUGAUUUUUAAUUUCAUGAA